ACAUGUUGCUGCUCAAGAAACAGACGGAGGACAUCAGCAGCGUCUAUGAGAUCCGCGAGAAGCUGGGCUCGGGUGCCUUCUCCGAGGUGGUGCUGGCCCAGGAGCGGGGCUCCUCACACCUUGUUGCUCUGAAGUGCAUCUCCAAGAAGGCCCUUCGAGGCAAGGAGGCCCUGGUGGAGAAUGAGAUUGCGGUGCUCCGCAGGGUCAGCCACCCCAACAUCGUGGCUCUGGAGGACGUCCACGAGAGCCCCUCCCACCUCUACCUGGCCAUGGAGCUGGUGACAGGGGGCGAGCUGUUCGACCGCAUCAUGGAGCGUGGCUCCUACACAGAGAAGGAUGCCAGCCACCUGGUGGGCCAGGUCCUCGGCGCUGUCUCCUAUCUGCACAGCUUGGGCAUCGUGCACCGCGACCUCAAGCCUGAAAACCUCCUCUAUGCCACGCCAUUCGAGGACUCCAAGAUCAUGGUCUCCGACUUUGGCCUCUCCAAAAUUCAGGCUGGCAACAUGCUGGGCACCGCCUGUGGGACCCCAGGAUAUGUGGCCCCGGAGCUCUUGGAGCAGAAACCCUACGGGAAGGCCGUAGAUGUGUGGGCCCUGGGUGUCAUCUCCUACAUCCUGCUGUGUGGCUACCCCCCCUUCUACGACGAGAGCGACCCCGAACUCUUCAGCCAGAUCCUGAGGGCCAGCUACGAGUUUGACUCUCCCUUUUGGGAUGACAUCUCUGAAUCAGCCAAAGACUUCAUCCGGCACCUUCUGGAGCGAGACCCGCAGAAGAGGUUCACGUGCCAGCAGGCCUUACAGCAUCUUUGGAUCUCUGGGGAUGCUGCCUUUGACAAAGACAUCCUGGGCUCCGUCAGUGAGCAGAUCCAGAAGAAUUUUGCCCGGAAUCACUGGAAGCGAGCAUUCAAUGCCACCUCUUUCCUGCGCCACAUCCGAAAGCUGGGGCAGAGCCCCGAGGGUGAGGAGGGCUCAGAGCGGAGGAUGGCCCGCCACAGCCACCCGGGCCUCGGGGCUGGCCAGCCCUCCAACUGGUGAUGCCCAGAUGCUGAGGCUGAGUGCACUGACCCCCGAUUCUCUUCCCAUGGACCCUCUCAGUCCUCUCCCCCAUCCCCGCACCCUGGGGCUGGCCUCUGGUGGAGAGUUUGAGACGUGUGUGGCACGCGGCA